AUGGUCGCCACCGCAAGUUUUUCAGCUCUCUGCCUCGGCCUUCCACCAUCACCCGAAAACGCGCCUGCUACCAUCAAUAUUGACCGGACUUGCGCGUUGUUCGCUCUCGAAGUUGCAGGAAACCGCGUCGCGAUCACAUCGGAAUGUAGUAGGAGGAGGGUUGAGGAGGAACCCGGAGAUGAAAUUCCUCGACUGCAUCGAAUCCUUAACCUUCCCUUCACUCCUCGCGCAAAUCGUGUAUCGACAACCUCAAUCUCAUCCAACGACUUGUUUAUCUCGACUAAUUCGUCCGCAAGUUCGACCUCCGAGGACGAUAAAGAGAAUGAAGCUCCUCGAUUGACUGAGGCGGCGUCUACUACACUCUCGCAGAACAGGAUGAAGCAAACGAGCACUUUGCAGCCUCCCGUCUCCAGUUUCCAGGCCAAUCAUGCGAGUGGCGUGAAGCAGUCCAGUCUACCCAUCGGUAACAAGAACUGGGGGUUGACGUUGAAUAGGAAGCCUUCUUUCACGACGGGUAUGCCACAUGCCACAUUCUUGUCCAAGGAGCGAAGACUGCCAUUGCGCGAUUUGGUUCCGUCGGCCCUUUCCGCCAAGCAAAAGGUCAUUAAACGACCGGCUCCUAAACCACGUGUCCCCCAGUUCACCAAUCCCUUCAGUGGAAAUGUCCCCAUACCCGUUCCAGCUGCCUCGUACACCUUCUCCAAUGCUUCAGCAAACAGUAACGACGUAGCCAACCGGACUGCAUCCUGGAGACGGGGAAACCCUAUUCCUUCGCCUAUCCCGUUCCACAGCAGCGACAUGGGCCUCGCUUCGUUUGUAGCUGUCACUUAUCCGGACGAAAUCGUUGAACUGCAUCGUAGGAGGAUCUACCCAUCGUCGACCGAGCCCGAGAGCAACUGGUGUGUAGGCGAAACCAUCGAAUACGUUCGUCGUCGUGAUCUCUAUCCAUACGAUGUCGUCAAGCCAGUCGUCAAGACGUCUACCAUCGAGGUUGGCUCGCCGAGACCUGUGAGGGUCAACCGGUAUCACGAUACGCAGAAAUGGUUGCAGAGGUUGGCGAGGGAGCUAGCAGCUGAUUAG